GAACCGGCCGGGUAGUUGUAAUCUUCUAAACUGCCUCAAUUCUCCCAUUACACAAGAGUCAAUCUACCUCCAUCUUACAAGCCCUUAAUUACAUCCCAAUAAUCUUCUCAUCCCUAACCUAGAACCAACCCAAAACCACUCUGCAAAGACCAGAAAGAAAAAAAAAAAAAAAAAAAAACCCAGAAAAAAAACGCUGAUGGAGUCUGUUGUUUCUGAGCUAGAAGGGACUCUCCUCAAGGACCCAGAUUCCUUCUCCUACUUCAUGCUGGUUGCUUUCGAGGCCUCGGGGCUCAUUCGCUUCUUCUUAUUGCUGAGCCUUUGGCCUGCGAUUCGCCUGCUCGAAGCGUUCGGGAUGAGGGACGCCGGCCUGAAGCUGGCCGUGUUCGUCGCCACCGCCGGGCUGAGAAUUUCGGAGAUCGAGUCGGUGGCGAGAGCGGUGCUGCCUAAGUUUUACAUGGACGACGUUGACAUGGAGGCUUGGAGGGGUUUUAGCUCGUUUGAGAAGAGGGUUGUGGUGAGCAAGAUGCCCAGGGUUAUGGUGGAGAGGUUCGUCAAGGAGCAUCUCCGGGCUGACGAUGUCGUCGGGACGGAACUUGCAGUAAAUCGGUUCGGAUUUGCCACCGGUUUUGUUGAUGACGACGUUGGUUCCAUCUCCGGCCGCGUCGCUAAGCUGUUUGGCGAUGAACAGCCGACCUUGGGACUGGCACGCCCAGCCGAAGACGGUUCUUCGUUCUUAUCUCUAUGCAAGGAACAAUCUCGCCCACCAUUCAUCAACAACCAGAAGAACGACCACCACCUCGUCCGCCCGCUGCCGGUGAUCUUCCACGACGGCCGCCUGGUGAAGCGGCCGACGCCGUCAACGGCGCUUUUGAUCAUCCUAUGGCUCCCUCUCGGCAUCGUAGUUGCAGCGAUCCGAAUUCUCGUCGGCCUGGUGUUGCCAAUGUGGGCCAUCCCCUACGUCUGCGGAAUAUUCGGCGGCAACGUCGUCGUAAGAGGAAAGCCGCCGCCGCCGCCGGACUCUCGCUCAGGCUCCGGCGUCCUCUUCGUCUGCACGCACCGAACACUGAUGGACCCCGUCGUCCUCUCCGCCGUCCUCCAACGCCGAGUCCCGGCGGUGACAUACUCCAUCUCCCGAAUCUCCGAAAUCCUCUCUCCGAUCCCCACCGUCCGGCUAACCCGAGUCCGGCACGUCGACGCCGAGAAGAUCAAGCGGGAGCUCUCGAAAGGAGACCUCGUGGUCUGCCCGGAAGGAACAACUUGCCGGGAGCCGUUUCUCUUGAGGUUCAGUGCCCUCUUCGCCGAACUAACCGAUCGGAUAGUGCCGGUCGCCAUGAAUUACAGAGUGGGGCUUUUCCACCCGACUACGGCGAGGGGCUGGAAGGGUCUGGACCCGAUCUUCUUCUUCAUGAACCCUAGGCCGGUCUACGAAGUCACUUUCCUGAACCAGUUGCCGCACGAAGCAACAUGCUCGUCGGGUAAAAGUCCGCACGACGUUGCCAACUACGUGCAGAGGCUCUUGGCUGCAACUCUAGGGUUUGAGUGCACGAACUUUACGAGGAAAGAUAAGUACAGGGUUCUGGCAGGAAACGAUGGAACUGUGCCUUGCCCAAAUUCGAACGCCGGGAGAAUCAAGAAAGCGGUGAUCAGUGGGUUGGAGAAGGUGGUGAGUGCUUUCGAGCCUUUCAUUCACUGAUAAAAAAAUCUUGCUAUUUCACAACUACUAUACGUACGUACUCUUCAUCACUACCAUCUGCACCUUUCUUCUUCUUCUUCUUCUUCUAUAUUCUUUUAUUUUUGUUUUUUUCUUUCUGAAACUAGAAAGUGUGGAAUAAUUAAUGUACGUACUGUGAGUACUAUUUAAGCUGCAGGGUGAUUAUUAUUAUUAU